AUAAGAAAUUCUUAAAUUUUUGUCCUCUCUGAGUUAGUUAUUUUGUAUUGAAAAUAUGCUGAUUUAUAUUUCACAAAUCUUUUUGUAAUCUUCUUGAACCAUUUCAUCCCACAUAGUUUUUACUUUAUCAAUGGUCGUUAAAAAAAAUCAUAGUAAACUUUCUUUUGUAUGUUAAACGCCAUCUGUUUGCAAUUUGUGAAACUAUCCAUCCCAAAGAGAUUACAUAUACUCCUAAGUAGUAUACUUAUUAUAGGUUAUGUUUUAUCAUAAUUAUUUGCAAAAAAAAAAAAAUGUUGAAUUUUAAAUGUUUGUAAAUUUAAAUAUUAUCGUUCGUUUGUUUAUUACGCAAGUUUUCUUACCUACCGCUAAUACAACAGAAUACUUUUAGCCUAUAUAAUGUUUACAUACUAAAUUAUUAAAUUUAAACAUGGUUGAGGCACACAGUAUUAAUUCGGAACACAAAGACUUAAUACACGAUGUUGCAUUUGACUACUAUGGAGAUAGAAUGGCAACAUGUUCGACCGAUAAUUUCGUUAAAGUUUGGGACCAAGAUGUAGAUGGUAAUUGGAAUUUGUCAUCUAGUUGGAAGGCUCAUAGUGGAUCUGUUUGGAAAGUGACUUGGGCACAUCCUGAUUUUGGUCAAGUGUUAGCAACAUGUUCUUUUGACCGAACCGCAGCCAUAUGGGAAGAAAUAUUAGGAGAAAGUGAUGAAAAUGGAACUGUAUUACGUCAUUGGGUGCAUAGAGCAAACUUAGUUGAUUCUGUCACUUCUGUAACUGAUGUAAAAUUUGGUCCAAAAUCUUUUGGAUUUAAUUUAGCAACUUGCUCAGCUGAUGGAGUUUUGCGAAUUUAUGAAGCUCCAGACGCAAUGAACAUUGCUGAAUGGCCAUUGCAACAUGAAGUAUCAUUGAAAUUGCCUAGUAGUUGUCUCACAUGGAAUCCUUUAUUAUCCACAAAUCCAAUUGGAAUGAUAGCAGUUGGUAGUGAUGACAAUUCUAAUACUACAAACAGUAAAGUAUUUAUAUGUGAAUACAAUAAAGUAUCUCGUCGAUGGGCCAAAACUAAAUCUGUAACUAGUGUAGAGCAUCCAGUACAUGACAUGAUAUUUGCACCUAAUAUGGGACGAUCAUUUUAUUUGUUAGCAAUUGCUACAAAUAAUGUUCGUAUAUUAAAACUCAGACCAAUUGUUGGUGCUGCAAGAGAUUUCCCGUAUACUAUUGAAACUGCGGCUCAAUUUAAUGAUCAUUUGAGUACUGUUUGGCGUGUUGCAUGGAAUAUAACUGGUACCGUUUUAGCAUCAUCCGGUGAUGAUGGAUGUGUGAGACUUUGGAAAUUAGACAUCUGGAAUUGUGUUGGAGUGUUAAAACGUGAUGGUAAAUUGCCACAGCCACAAUCUAAAAAUUCCCAAUCAACUGCUCAAAACAAUUUAACGAGAUUCAUAAAACUUGGUCAAAUUACUCAUCCUAGUGAAGUACAUUGGCAUUAAUGACUUACUAUUAAUUUUCCAUCUUUUGUUUAUUAAUUUAUAUCUUGAAUGUGAGAUUAUUCCAUUGUUUUUCAUGUAAAACAGUUACAAUAUUAUUAUAUUUUCUAAAUAUCAACA